GAAGACAUGAGUUUGUAAAUUGAAGUGCGAAAGAAGCUUAAACCCCAAAACCAAAACCAAAACCCUAGCGAGGUUGGUUGGUUCCCAAUUCCCAUGGCUUCUCCUUCUCCACCGAAAUCGAAGUUCAGUGUCUAUCAAAAUCCUUCCUUUUCUGCGGUUCUCACUUCCAACAGUCUUCAACCUUCCAAUUCCACAAUCCUCUCCAUCCUCUCCUUCUUCUCUGCCUCCGCAUUCGUUUUUCUCGCUGUCUUCUUCAGGGAAAACGGCUUCGUCCACAUUUUGUGCUUUGGAACUUUGUCCCCUGUCACAGCUUAUUGGCUUGCCAAGACGCUACAAGCUAUAGUGGGUUUUAUCUUCAUUGGAACUGUUUCUGCACUCUUCAACGUUGUGUUUCUGCGUAGAGCUAGGUAUGCUGGCGGAGGUGCUGCUGUUGCGGCUAAGUCUCUGUCUGAUUCUAACAGUGUUCAUAGGAAUGAGAUUUUGCUAACCAAACAUCAAUUAGGGCUUUUAGGAGUGAAGCCAAAGGUUGAUUUGGUUCAACCUGACUCGGCGAAGAAGCCCCCCAAGUCUAAACCCCAACUGCCUUCUUCAGGUUUGCUGGUUCCUCUUCACCAGCCAAUUCCCAGUCCCACUCGAGGUUCUUCGUCUCGCAUUGAUGCCGAUGGUUCAAACUCUAAUAGGGGUGGUGCUGCUCGUUCUAGUGGUACUCCAUCAAGGUCACCAGGUUUGGCGUCGUUGUAUCUUUCGCCGGGUGUGGUUUCUCCACCUAGGAGUUUGGCUGGCGUGGAUUCGGUGGUUUCGAGUCCUUGGUCCAACAGGCGAGUCUCCUCUGCUAACAAGAUAACGUCCGAGGAAAAGCUGGAGAGAUUCUUAGCUGAAGUGGAUGAAAGGAUCAAUGAAUCAGCGGGGAAGAUGUCUACCCCACCUCCUACAGUUCCUGGUUUUGGCAUUGUGAGCCCUAGUACAGUUACAGGCUCAGCUAAUACCUCAGGAACUGCAAGGCGUACACCAUUGAGGCCUGUGAGGAUGUCUCCGGGCUCGCAAAAGUUUAAUACUCCCCCUAAGAAGGGUGAGGGCGAGUUUCCUGCACCAAUGUCCAUGGAAGAAUUUGUUCAAGCUUUUGAACAUCUUGGCAUCUAUCCUCAAAUUGAACGGUGGCAUGAUCGACUCAGGCAAUGGUUUGCUUCGGUUCUGCUCAAUCCUUUGCUUAACAAAAUCGAGACAAGUCACAUUCAGGUUAUGCAAGCAGCUGCUAAACUUGGUAUUUCAAUCACGAUUAGUCAAGUGGGCAGUGAUAUGCUGUCUACUGGCAUCCCUUCUGCUUUGCCAACAAUUGAUAAGAAUCAAGAGUGGCAACCUGCACUGUCUCUCAAUGAAGAUGGAUUACUUCAUCAGUUACAUUCUACUCUUGUGCAGGCUAUAGAUUCUUCCAAAUCCAAGUUGCUUGUAUCUAAUAUGCAGCAGUCUCCACAGCAGACUUCUUUAGUUUCUAUCAUGCAGGAUUGUGUGGAUGCUAUCACUGAACACCAAAGGCUUCAAGCCUUGGUUAAAGGAGAGUGGGUUAAAGGUUUGCUACCUCAAAGCAGUGUUCGUGCUGAUUACACUGUGCAAAGGAUCCGAGAGCUUGCAGAAGGAACAUGCUUGAAGAAUUAUGAGUAUCUUGGAAGUGGGGAGGUUUACGAUAAAACGAAUAAAAAGUGGACACUUGAGCUACCUUCGGAUUCUCACUUGCUGUUGUAUCUGUUCUGCGCUUUCCUAGAACAUCCAAAAUGGAUGUUACAUGUGGAUGCCAUGUCAUAUGCUGGAGCUCAAUCUGGCAAAAACCCAUUAUUCUUGGGAGUCCUUCCCCCAAAGGAAAGGUUUCCAGAGAAAUACAUUGCUGUAGUGUCUGCUGUCCCUUCUGUGCUGCACCCAGGAGCAUGUAUACUAGCAGUUGGAAAGCAGGGUCCCCCAAUUUUUGCCUUGUACUGGGAUAAGAAACUGCAGUUUUCUCUUCAGGGAAGAACGGCACUUUGGGAUUCCAUCUUGCUUCUGUGCCAUAAAAUUAAGAUCGGGUAUGGAGGUGUUAUUAGGGGCAUGCAUUUAGGCGCUUCAGCUUUAAGCAUUCUCCCGGUUAUGGAAGCAGAAUAUGAAGAUUAAAUUUUGUAUGAUUGAGAAACCACUCUGCUUCUAUCAACAUUCAGCACGCGGACUACAACUUCUGCAGUAAAUCGCAAUUCUUGGAGCCAGACAUUGCAGGUAAGAACACGCUGGAGUUGAACUCCUGAUUUUGGGUGUUGAUUAGAAUUAUGAUGUUUACAAUUCCCGGCUCAACCAUUUAACUGUACCUGGGAUAUUGCACUUUGUCAGAAAUGAAAUUUGGAUUGCUCCUGACCAAAAGAUUUACAGUCUCUUUGUAUGCCCUUCCUCCUCGAAUGCAGUUCUCUACAUACUCGAUGCUUUCCUUGGGGGAAACUUGUCCCGGCCCAUUUGAUUUGGUUGAUAAAACUAAAACAAACAGAAACUAAAACAGAGCAUAUUUUAAUGUAAUUUAAUUGCAUUUUUCUGUUUC